AUGGCAUCUUCUUUCCUGCUCCUGCCCCUCCUGCUCGUCUCCCUCCCGUUGCUUCGUCUCAAGGUCUCGACUAUGCUGUCAGAGGAGGCGUCGGACCACGAUGCUGAUUCCAGCUUCCUGGACAUGAGGGCGGUAACCAAAGCACUCCAGGAGAGCGAGUGGCGAUCAGCGAUGGAGAGUGUGACGCCUCAAGUCAAAGAUCAGUUCUUGUGGGAGGAACUGGAGGCGAUUAGAACAAAAGCAGGAGAUGUACUGAGCGGAGUAUAUGUGCUCCCUUCCUUGGGCUCGCUCUUCGGUAUCUCAUGUCCAGUAGCAAAGCAAGACCCGCGAGGGCUGACGGGGCACGUGCAGCAUGCGGCCUUCAAGUUCUCCAUCAAGAUACCCAGCAGCUACCCCAACGCAGGGCUUGUUGACUUCCACUAUCUGCUGAUGACGGAGUCGAACCCGCUGGGCGAGUGGAACUCAAAGGAGCAUCGACUGCACAGUCUGCUCGUAGCCCUCAAGAGCUUGUUCUAUCCGAAUUUCAACGAUGGGAGGAUCAAGGAGCUCCAUGGCGACCCCCAAGUGAACCCGUUCCAACUGUUCAAUCCCAACUUCCAGGGUGGCGGGGAGCGCGCGGGAGUCCUGAAGAGCUCCGUGCAGAAUGAGAGAGCGAUCAGCAUCUUGACGAAGAAUCUGAUGUGGUGGAGGAAGAACGGAAAGGCUUUCCCUCUCCCCUCUCAGAUGAUCAGGCUGGAUGACCGCCCUCUGUCCAACGAGGUCGAGGGUCUGCUGGUGCAGCUCCAGGACGAGUCGCUCAACUUCCGGCAUCACGUCGAGAUGUGUGUGGGAGAGAGCCAGGACUGCCUCAAGUACAACCUGGGAAGCUUCUUCCUCCGUAUCCUCCUCCUCUCUUCUCUCCUCCCCUCUCACUCCCCUCCUCUCGCAGGCUUGCGGAACGAUGUGCUCGAAGUGAACUCGUCGCAAGCUCAGCAUCUCUUGGCCGGUGACGACGCAGCUGCGGUUGAUCCAGAUGGCGACACGAGCUAUGGUAGCGUGCGGAAGGGGAAGCGAGGAAGAGGAGGGGGCAAGGAGGACAAGAGUGGAAGUGCCAGCAUCAGCAGUCACGUCGCGGCACUUCUGAGCCUGGCGGGGAUAACGGCAAGUGUGGUAGAGGAGCGAGAAGUUGGAAGAGGAGAGGAAGACAAGCAGGAAGAGGGACAGGGGGAGGCGCAGUACGAGGGGGAAGGGAAGGGAAGGGAGGAGGAGUGGAUGAGAGACGAGGAAAAGGCAGAAGAGAGGAGGGAAGAGGAGGAAAACGAGACUAGGGGUGAGGAGGCUGGAGGGAAAGAUAGCCAAGACAAAGAAUGA